CGACACGUCGGUUGGCAGAACAGAUUUUUAGCGCGCCCUUUUUUUUGUAUUUUGAAGCACGCGACGCGAACAAGUCUAGAAACUAGUCUAGAAACCAAAAACCAAGCGAUAAUACCUUUUGCAUUUAAACAACAAUUAGACUAUAAAAGGCCACUGCCAAAAAAAAAAGGACACAAUACGAAAAAAGGAAGCAUAUCAGAAUCGAGGGCAACAAUCAAAAUCAAAAAUUCAAAAAAAUAGUCGAAAGGAAACUAAAUCAAAAUCAAAAUGAACUCGAAAGUGAACUCGCUGGAGGAGAAAGUGAAACUGCCGCCCACGGAGACAAUAAGCCGCUGCUACCAGCCGCAGCAGAGCAAUCGCAAGGUCAUCCGCAUCCUGACCGUCGCCGUCUACGUCCUUUGCGUCUCACUGGCGGCCAUCAUGCUCUCACUGUACUACAUCUUCAUCUGGGACCCCACCAUCCGUCCCUUCGUCACCAAGGCCACGCAUUGCGAUAAAAUUGUGAUACCCGAGAAAAUAGCCAUCCGCCUCCUGAACUCAUCGGAAGUGACCGCGGAGCAGUUCUACAAGCACAUCCUCGACCAGUACCGCAUCCUGAGCCACCUGCAGCAGCAACGCCAGCAGCUCCUGCAGCGCCAGCACCUGCAGCUGCAGCAGCUGGAGGCGAGCAACCGCUUCCAGGAGAUCUUCGCCACGGCCACCAUCAUCCAGGCCCAUCCGCAUCCGCAUCCCCAUCCCCAUCCGCAUCCCCGGGAUCCGCUGAAGCAGCCCCUCCUCGGCCCGUCCACCGCCGGCAACAGCAGCACAAGCAUCGACCUGGACGGCGAUCCGGAGGGACAUCUGCCGCUGUUACCGCUGCUGGACACCUCGCCGCCGGCGGAGGGCAUGACCGGAAUGGGUCACUCCAAACGCAAGACCCACCGCGGCCACUACAAACACCACAGGGUGCGCGUGGGCGGUGGCGGCCCCAAGAAGCUAUCCGUUGCCAACGCUAACGCCAUUGCUGGCUCCCCAACCACGGCCAGCUCGACGCCGAGCACCACCAGUGGCGGAGAGGCAUUCGUGGCCGCCACAGCAGCCACCUUGCCGCACGGCUACAUGGACACGCCCCUCAACCCGGCGGCGGGAACUAUUGUACAGCCGCCGCAGCUGCAGCUCUACACCUCCAUGCCCAUACCGCUGAUCCUGAGUCCCGUCGACGAGAAGCGUCCGGCGCACCACGCCCACGGCCAUGCCCACGGCGAGAGGCGGGGCGGGGGGACGCAGAACGGCGGACGGCGACGGACCACGACGGCUUCGGUCUCCGGCUACGAGGCUCAGACCUACCUCAACCCCUUCCUCACCGGCGAGCUGAUCUUCGAGAAGUAAGGGACUUUAGAGUGGGAAAAAGGGAAUACACAUCAGCCAGGAGGAUCGGGAUCGGGAUCGGGAGUGGAGGAGCACCUAUGACAUCCCGACUCACACACACAACCACACUCAAAUAUCUAUGGAGGACUGUUUAGAGGGGCAGGACUACUCUUCGACUGGACUCAGAACUGGCAAGGGAGGUCGUCCCGAAUGAGUAAAAAGAAGUAUUUUUUUUCUUCCCAAAUUGGAAAGUAGAAAGUGGAAAUGGAAAUCUUUUGCCAGAACUGGGCUCCGGAACAGACUAUAUAUAUAGAGCCCGACUUGGCCGCAUAUAGAGGUUUAAUAACGUUAUGUACUGCAAAAAAAGGAUAGUUGAAACCAUAGCCAAAAAAAAGAUAUAGUUAAUAUACCAAACACACAAGGACAUACACCCAAACACACACACACACACACGCGCAUUAUACGGGACCCACUUCAGUAGAAACGUCACUCGACCAGGAUUACGGAUCACGGAUUACGGAUCACGGAUCACGGAUCUGGCGGCUCACCUCACCAAGCUCAGCAGCGAACUCACCCCACCUAGAACACUGCUUCCAGGCAGCUAGCAAAUGCUACACCAACUACAAUAAUUAGCCAAAAAAAAAAAAAACCCAAAAGUAGCCAGUAAACCAAUAACCAGAAUACCAGUUACCAAGUUAGCAAGUUAUCAAGGAUACCAUCCAAGGAGUACCGCGCCAAGGAGGCGGUUAGACGUCACUAUAAUCAGCAUUUAAUCCCUCACACAUCCCUCAGAGCUCUACUCACAAGGAACUGCUUCAGUAAGGAGAGUCGGACAUCGGAUAUAGGAUUAUACCAGGUGGUCUAUCAGAUAUACAUAGAUGAUCCAAAAACAUAUAGAAAUGCCAUCCAGAACUGUGGUCAGAGCUGUUAUGUGGCAUAGACCCCUUCUAUAGCCCAUAUAGCCGAUGUCUGACGUGACUUUUUCUCGGUCUAUUCACAUACUCACUGAUACUAAAAACUAAAUGCAAACAAAAUAAGAAAAAACCUAUCAAAAAUACACUAAGAGAAACACGAGGCGAGUUAUGUAUCUCUCAAGAAAAUAAACAAAAAAUAUAUA